AAAUGCGAGAUAAAAUGAGAAAAUGGAGAGAAGAAAAUUCAAGAAAUAGUGAACAAAUCAUGGAGGUCGGAGAAGAAUUAAUUAAUGAUUAUGCUUCUAAGCUUGGAGACGACAUUUGGAUCAUAUAUGAACAAGUGAUGAUUGCAGCCCUAGACUAUGGUCGCGAUGAUUUGGCAUUGUUUUGUCUUCAGGAGUUAAGAAGACAGUUCCCUGGUAGUCACGGAGUUAAGCGGCUAACGGGCAUGCGCUUUGAAGCUAUGGAAAGAUAUGAUGAUGCUAUACAACUGUAUGACCGAAUUUUGCAAGAAGAUCCAACAAACACCGCUGCAAGAAAGCGUAAGAUUGCCAUUCGAAAAGCCCAGGGGAAAAAUGUGGAGGCCAUUCGAGAGCUGAAUGAGUAUCUGGAACAAUUUGUUGGAGACCAAGAAGCCUGGCAUGAGCUUGCAGAACUUUAUAUCAAUGAACAUGACUAUGCCAAGGCAGCCUUUUGCUUGGAGGAGCUAAUGAUGACUAACCCUCACAACCAUUUAUACUGCCAGCAGUACGCUGAAGUCAAAUACACCCAAGGUGGACUUGAAAACCUCGAGCUUUCAAGAAAGUAUUUUGCACAGGCACUGAAACUCAACAACCGAAACAUGAGAGCUCUGUUUGGGCUUUACAUGUCUGCAAGUCAUAUUGCUUCUAAUCCAAAAGCAAGUGCAAAAAUGAAAAAGGACAACAUCAAAUAUGCUAGUUGGGCUGCUAAUCAAAUAAACAGGGCUUAUCAGUUUGCAGGUCGAAGUAAGAAGGAAAGCAAAUACUCUCUUAAGGCAGUUGAAGACAUGUUGGAAACAUUGCAGAUCACACAGUCUUAAGGUUUCAGAACUCUUUGACAUUAGCUUUCCAAACAGUACAGUUGAACUUCUCUCGGCCUGUGACUUGUUUACGAAAUGCCUAGUGCUAUUCGAAUUCUAGCUUUCUCUCAAGUUGUCAGUUAUCAAGAAUGUGUUCAAAUAAACCUCAACUUGCCUUGUACUGCUAAGCUGAGAGAUGGAGGGAGUCCAUGAAGAGAGAUUGAAGACCCAUUGAUUGUAUGUCAGUCUUAUCACCUCCUUACACCUUUUUAAAUUAACCAUGAUUUAUUAAACUAGUGCAUGAAAAUUGAGGCUUCUUUUGUUGUGUUGUAAUUAGUAUGUUGUUAUAGAGCGUAUUUUUCAGCUAAGUUCUCAUUGGUGAUGAGAAAUUUACAAAAUUUAUAGCGUAGAGAACAAAUUAUUUGAGUGUUUUAUAGUGGCAGGUGGGAUUUUGUUCUACAUUUCAGAGGGAUGUUUGGGUUUUUAUUCUUUUAACUUGUUCUGAUAAUGAGUCUUCAUUAAAUUAUGUCAUUCUCUACAGUU